UCGUAAACAACUUUUUUCAUUUGAUAAUGUACCUACCUAAUUUAUUUUCUAAUCUGCCAUAUACCGCACGUGCAUUUGUUUUUAUCUUUUCUAAAUUCACACAUAUUUUUCUGGCCUAUUUAAACUCUUUUAACUUAACAUUCGGGGUGCCUUUUUGUUCGUUCGAUUGUGUUCCGUUCCUUUUGGUUUUUUUGACUGGCUCUCUUUGGUUUAAUUUGGAAAGUAAAUAUAUUUAA